AUGAGCCCGUUCGUCCGCGUCCGCGUUCCCGAAUUGGAGUCCAAGGUCUCGGCCCACGACCUGAUUGUCUUCAUCGACGGCUUGAACGAAGCCUUCAUGGCAAACCCAGCCCUACAAACGGCCAACAACGUCGCCAACAUCGGCGGCAUGGCACCUUCCGCCAUCGUGCAGCUAGUCAGUGUCGGCGUGAACGUAGUCGCGGGCGUCGGGUCUGCCGUGACGUCGAAGGUUCGCAUGAAGAAGUUCCUCGAGCAAGCCAACAAAGACAUCUUCGAGCCGCAAGGCUUGCAUGUUCAGGUGUGCAAGACGGAGAAGAUGCUGGGGUACAUUGGGCUGGGCGGGCAGGACAAUGUGUUUGCGCGCCAGCAGUACAAGAAUGCGUUUGAGAGCGCGCAGCAGGUUGAGAUGGGGGGCCAGAUGCAGGAUAUGGAGCAUCCGAUUAUGAAGCGGAUGUCGGCGCUGGGGCAUCGGGUGAUGCCGCUGUCGUUCCAGGGGGUGGAACCGCAGGCGACACCGGACGGGUUCUGGAAGAAGUGGGGGUCUAAGGAAGCGGAGAAGGCGGAGAAGAAGCAGUAUGAGCAGAUGCAGAAGGAUAAGGAGAAGGAGGCGCGGAGGGCUGGGCGCCGAAGUGGAGGGCGGGCUGCGUCUAGGAGACAGGAGAAGAAUGACCAGAAGAAGGAGAAGGAGGCGAAGAAGGUUCUCUGGAUUGUUAUUGCGGAGAAGUCGCUAAUUGCGGGCAAGGAUGAUGAGUGGGAUUCAGACUCGGAUGAGGGGAAGAAGAAAUGA